GGUUGUGGUCGAAAAAACACAAACACAAGAAACUUGGGCGCCUCAUUCGUACGAAAACGACUCGCGAGUUAUGUGAUGUUGGGACAGAAAGAGAUGAUCAGGACUCCUGCUUAAUGUGCUUUUUUUGCCCGUCUGGAGUGCUUACUAGUUCGAGGCCUGCUGGAAGCAGGUUUCUAUUCUUCCAACAAUGAAGUUUCCACUACAUAGUGAAAAAGUCCUUCAGCAGUUUAACAAGCAAAGGCAGAAUGGGCAGCUGUGCGAUUGCACUUUUGUGGUGGAUGGCAUUGUCUUCAAAGCCCAUAAGGCAGUAUUGGCAGCAUGUAGUCAGUAUUUUAGAAUGCUGUUUUUGGACCACAAGGAAGUCGUCGACUUAGACAUCAGCAGUGCAACAGGCCUCGGCGUUGUUCUAGACUUCAUGUAUACAUCCAAGCUGGACCUGACUGCUGAAAAUGUGGCGUGUGUACAGGUUGUUGCUAGUUUUUUGCAAAUGGAAGAAAUUGUGAUGUCCUGCAAAGUGUUCAGACCCUCCUCAGUUAAAGAUAAUCAAAUUAAGCAGCCAGUUAAUUCACAGGUGAAAGAAGUACAGCGAAGCAGUCCUGUGCCUCGGAAUAUUCCAGCUGCCCCUUUACCCACAACAAAUAAAAAAAGUGAGACAACAAAGCCAGCCGAAGUGAUGACUCCAACGUUUGUUGCACAGCCACCACCUGGACUCCUGGUUAAACAGGAAUCAUGGGACCACCCGGAUGGAGAGAUGGAAGUAGAACUGCUUGGUAGUGAUGAUGAUAAUACAGAAGAGGAAGAAGUGGGAGAAGGAGAGCAAGAGGAUGAGGAUGACGACGACGAUGACGAUGAUGAUGAUGACGAUGACGACGACACCGACGAGGAGGAAGAUGUUGAUGACGCAGAUGAUACAUUUAUAGAUGAUGAAAAUGAUGAUGAUUAUGUUCCAGGUCAUAACUUAGAUAGUGUAGUUGGAAACGGGCACAAAAUGAGGACACGGAGUGCUAAACAGGAGCGGAAAGGACAAUCUGUACGAAAAGAUCCAUCGUUGAAAAUGGGGAGAGGCAUCAGUGAGGAUGACUCUGAAACUGAAUUGGAGUUGGAUAAAGGAUCGAUCAAACGUAAGCUGGAAAAUUAUUUUGAGGAUUCCAUGUCAGAAGAUUCCGGAAGGUUACUUCCCUACGCGAUAUCGGACACCAAGCGCAAGGCAUUGCACAGCCCUAAGAUGCCGCCCAAAUGCCCUGCACCUUCUAAGGGUUCUGGCAAUGAACCUAAGCGCAAGAAGAACUUUAAGACACUCCAGGAAAAGGUUCAACUACUGGAUAUGCUACGGGAACUAAAACGUUAUGCUGCAGUAGCGCGCCAUUAUGGUAUCAACGAAAGCACCGUACGCUACAUAAAGAAGAAUGAGGCAGCGAUCAGGAGUGCCGUAUCAGUAAGUUUCUGUGAUAGUGCCAAAAAGGUAACGACUGUAAGAAAUAAGAAUAUUGUCAGGAUGGAAUCUGUUUUGGCAAUGUGGAUCACAGACUGCAGAAAGAAGAACAUCCUCUUGGACAGUAACAUCAUCCGUGAGAAAGCACGGAAAUUAUACCAGCAGUUCGCUACAGGAGACACUGCAGAAGGUACCGAAGUACUGGAACCAGGACCAUCAACAGCACCGGAGCCUACAGAUUUUCUAGCCAGUAAGGGAUGGUUUGAUCGUUUUCAGAAACGAUUCAAUAUUAAAAGUAUUUCUCUACGCGGAGAGGCAGCAUCUGAGAAGAGAUACAAGCCGAAGGGAAAGAUGCCAUUUAGAACUUACAUCGUGAAGGACAAAGCCAAAGCUCCAGGGUUUAAGGCAUAGAAGGACAGAGUGACGUUUAUUAUGUGUGGCAAUUCUGCUGGUUACAUGAUGAAACCAGGCCUCAUCUACAAAUCAGCGAACCUAGGGCCCUCAAAAACAAAAAUAAAAACCUGCUGCCUGUCCACUUGAUGCACAACCCUAAGGCCUGGAUAACCAAAAUCCUAACUUCAAACUGCUUUCACCAGUGCUUCAUCCCUCAAGCUAAAGAAUACCUCCACGACUUAGGUAUGGACUUCAAGGUGCUUCUCAUUAUGGAUAUUGCUGGUGGUCACGAGGGAGUUCAGACUGAGUUCCUCCCUGCCAACACCACCUUCCUCAUCCAACCUAUGGACCAAGGCAUGAUCCGUGCCAUCAAUGUUCUUUAUACCCGGAAUUCUAACCAACACCUUGUGGAUGUACUGGACACGGAUGAGAAUUUUACAUUUAAAGGAUUACUGGCAUAACUUUACGAUCGCCUGUCAGUCAUCCAAGCUGCUCUUAAGGAGGUGAAAAAGGAAACCCUCAACGCAUGCAGGAAGAAGCUGUGGCCAGUGUGUCCAUGACUACAAGGGCUUGUCACCUGAAGAAAUACAGCAUGAGGCUGUCGACAAGACCCUGAGACUGGCAAAGAUACUUGGUGGAGAAGGUUUUGACGACAUCCCCUCAAGAUGAGAUCAACAACCUCAUCGGUGCCCACUCUGAACCCCUGACGGAUGAGGAUUUGCUGGAGUUAACGAAGUCUGCCAGUGAAGAGGAGGAGGAAGCAACAGAUUCUGAGCAAGAGGAGGAGGAGGAGCGGGGCCUGCCAUUGGAACGUCUGCCCCAGAUUAUUAGGACAGCGAAGGAGUUGCAAGGGAUGAUUGAAGCAUGGGAUCCCUAUAUGGUUCAUGCUGUCAAAGUUAAUAAUGGCAUCGAUGCUGCCAUUCACACAUAAAAAAACCCUCCUUGUCACCACGAAGAAACAAUGACCACAACUUCGCAUCACAAUGUUCCUCAAACCUAUCAAGAAAAGCCAGCACGAAACCCCACCAGAAGACCCGUCAGAAGAUACAACUCUUCCUGAAGUGACUGAAGAAGCAGUGCCACCCAAGGAGCUGUAAAUCCUCUGCAUUGCUGUGCAGUCAAUAUCUUCAUUGCAUUUCUUCAUCUUACUGCACAGCUAAUUCAUCAUCGUCGUCAUCAUCUUCAAUCAAUAUCAUUCAUUAUUGUGAUGCCUACAGUCCUCCAGCUCCAAAACGUAGGUCAAAAUUAUCAAUGGAAAUAAAGCUGCAAGCGUUGGAAAUGAUUGAAAAUG